AUGGACAACAACGAGGAAAGAGCUGCUGGAGAAGGCGCUGAUAACCAGCGUAAGAAACGAAAUUUGGGCCGGUCGGAGUGGAGUCGGCAAAAUUUAGACAAGAGAGCACGGAAUGAAGAGCUAAAAGAAGCCAAGCGUCGGAAGAUUGAAGAAGGCCAAGAAGUUUCAGAGCCGAUCUAUGCGACACAUUUCUCUCAAGAAGACAUUGAAAGCGAGCAAAGGCGGCCGAAGAAGAAGGUUGCGGUGCUGUUGGGAUACUCUGGAACAGGCUACCAUGGCAUGCAAUUGUGCGACAAACAAACCAUCUCUACAAUCGAAGGUGAAUUGUUUGCAGCAUUCGUAGCUGCCGGAGCCAUUUCGAAAGCCAACGCAGCCGACCCGAAAAAAUCAUCUUUGGUAAGAUGUGCACGAACCGAUAAGGGAGUCCACGCGGCUGGUAAUAUCGUUUCGUUGAAAAUGAUCGUCGAAGACCCCGAUGUCGUCCAGAAGAUCAACGAAAAGCUCAGCUCACAGAUUCGCAUUUGGGACAUUCAAGUUACGAACAAGGGAUUCAGCUGCUAUCAAAUGUGCGACUCUCGUGUAUAUGAGUAUUUAAUCCCAAGCCAUUGCUUUGUUCCCCCACACCCCAGCACAUAUCUUGGAAGAAAGAUAGUAGAGCUGGCUGAGAAGGAGGGGGACUUGGAACAAUUCAAGGCAAGACAAAAAGAAGUUGCGACGUACUGGAGCGAUGUUGAUGAGCAAUACAUCAAGCCCAUUCUUGACAAUGUCCCCGAAGACAUCCGCAAGCUGGUACAAAAGGCUCUUUAUCUCGGCGAAGAACAAGGCGAAUCACUCGAGGAAGAUGAACCGCAAGAGUCCGAAAAGCCUACAGAAAGUGCAGCAGCCCCUGCCGGCGAUGGGGCUACUGCAUCUGAAGAGAAGCCAGCUGAGACUGAGCAGCCAACAAAAGUCGACUGGAGGGAAAGUCUCCCAGAGGAUCAAAGAAGGGAAAUGUACGAAACGAUCAAGGCCAUCAAAGCCGCCUACCUCAAGGCCAAGCGAACCUAUCGUAUUCCCGCAGCCCGUCUGGCACGCGUACAGGAAGGGCUGGACAAGUACAUUGGGACCAAGAAUUUCUUCAACUAUACCAUUCAAAAGAUGCACAACGAUCCUUCCGCCAAACGUCACAUCAAAUCUUUCAAGGUUCACCCCACCCCGAUCAUCAUCAACGGCACCGAGUGGCUCAGUAUGAAAGUUCACGGCCAGAGCUUCAUGAUGCACCAAAUCCGUAAGAUGGUCGCCAUGAUGACUAUGGUGGUGCGCUGUGGCUGCGACCCCGAGCGUAUUGUCGAGACUUACGGCGCCACCAAGAUUGCCAUCCCUAAGGCACCCGGCUUGGGUUUGCUGCUGGAACGACCCGUCUUCGAGACAUUCAACAAGAAAGUAAGCACUCUGGGCAAGAAGCCCAUCGACUUCGACAAUUACAAGAAGGAAAUCGACGAGUUCAAACAGCGGGAGAUCUAUGAUCGGAUCUUCCGCGAGGAAGAGGAGACGAAUGCCUUCUCCUCAUUCUUCAACCACAUCGAUAACUUCCCUCAAGAGGAGUUCUUGUUCGUCACUUCGGGUGGAAUCCCCGCCGCCAAACCCACUACCCAACCCACGACUCCUCCUCGAGAACAAUCCCGGAGAGCAAGUGCUCAAAAAGGUCGAAUUUCUCAAAGAGAAGCCCUGGCGACUGUGGAGUCCGAGUCAGAGGACGAACGUAUCCCUGACAACGGUGAGGAGGGUGGUUAG